GUUGAAAGCUUCUCCUGUCAAUAGAAACAAGAACAAUCGAACAAUCCGGGAAUAAAAGUCAUAAAGAGAUGAAAUUGUAAUUUUAUUAAAAAUGGAAAACCAACCACAAAACCCAACACCAACCAGUACAUCAUAUCCGAUUCCUGCUUAUGUACUCGACGAUCUUUGCAGUCGAUUCAUCAUAAAUGUGCCAGAAGAAGAGAGACAGGAAUCCAUUCGAGUAUUUUUCCAGAUAGAAUUGGCUCAUUGGUUUUAUUUAGAUUUCUAUUGUGCAGAACAACCCGAGUUACGUACAUGUGGGAUCAAAGAUUUCUCAGUACAAAUAUUCAAACAUUGCCCUGUACUAACAGGCACCCAAGAGGAAGUGGAAAAGAAAUUGGCUGAAUGGAAAGCAUACAAACUGAGUGUUCCUACCUAUGGUGCUAUCAUUCUAGAUCCUGAAAUUAAAUUUUGUUUGCUGGUUCAAGGAUGGUGGGUUAAAUCAAGUUGGGGAUUCCCUAAGGGUAAAGUAAAUGCUGCAGAGGCUCCACAUGAUUGUGCCAGUCGAGAGGUAAUGGAAGAGACUGGAUUAGAUAUAAGUAAGCUUGUUGAUAAAAAUGUCUUCUUAGAAACUCAUAUGAAUGGACAAUUAAACAGACUAUAUAUUGUACCAGGCGUGCCUUUAGAUACUCAUUUCCAGCCCAAAACAAGAAAAGAAAUAAAGAGUAUGCAGUGGUUUCCAGUGGAUGCUCUACCUUCUAAUAAAAGAGAUCAGACAUGUCGUACACAAUUAUCAAUGAAUCCUAAUAAUUUCUUUAUGGUCAUACCUUUCGUAAAGCCUUUACGAAAGUGGAUUGCCAGUAAUACUGGUGAUGCAGUGACGGAAGGAAUAAAAUCAAAACAAAGAAAAAAUCAAGAUACUGCUGAACAUAGACAAAGACAGAAACGCUUUGCUCAACAAAAUAUGAAUGAACUGUUAGAAUUUUUACCAAAUCGUAAAGAUAGCGGACAAGAAGACUCAGUUCUUCAAAAUUUAUUUUCUGGUGUACCUAGACAGCAACCAACUCAGUCACCUAGACAAAAUCGACAGCAAUUUCAAAUACUGAACAGAGAUGGUACUAUCAAUGGAAAUCAAAACACUCGUAGAAAUCUAAACAAUCAGUUUGACACAACUAAUAUCAAUAACAGUAACACACAUCCCAACCCAAAAGAAAGGCACAGAAAAUCUCAUCAAAAGGAUAAAUUAAAUUCUGAGUCAUGGUUGAACUUUAGACUGGAUGCUGAUUCACUUUUGGCCUGUAUACCUUAAUACAGUACUUGGAAAUUACUGUGAUCAAAAUUUCAUUAUAAGAGAAAGUGAUAUGUGAAAAUGUUGACAAUAGACUAUGGUAUAAAUAAGCAGAGACUUAUUGGUUGCAUAAAUGGCGAAAUAUACUUGGACAGUUUUCCAUGAUAAUCACAAGUAAUUAGAUCUACUGAUAGUUAUGUUUCUAUUUAAUGCAGCCUGUGUUUUAAUGUAUGGACAUAUACAUUAGAUUCUAUCAAAGUUGUUCUAAGAUUUUAACUCAAGAUUGAAUCAGUGUUUAGAUUUUUCGUUUAAGAAUUGGACUACAACAAAUAGCCAAUGCUUCCAGUGAAAGAAUUGAGUACAUGGUACAUCUACAAACAAUAAGAACUUUUUGACACAAAUAGAUCAAAUUAGCAGAGAUUUGUUAUAAAAAUGUGGUCUUUUUAUAUUAAAGAAGUUUGAUUAAUA